UAAAAAAUUUGUAAUUGUUGCAGAAAGAAGUUCGGAUCUUUGGCGGCCAGUAACGGUGUCGUUUCAGAAGACAUGCUGUGGUUAAACAAGUUUGGAAAGACCGGAAAGAAGAGAAGAGAAGAGAAGAGGAGAAUGGGAAAGGAGCAGCAACAGCAAAAAAAGAUGAAAAUCCCUAAACAGAAGCGUUUACCGCUAAACCCCAACUGGGCUCAACUUCAACAGGAGCUCAAAAGCCAUGGUUCGAGGCCUGCAAGACCCUCAAAUAAUUCAAAAUCAGAUACCCAAAAUUCCAUUUUAGGGAAGCGUAAAGAUAGACCUGGUGCAGCAUCUGAUGAAUGUCAGCCAAAUCCUCUCACGCCAACUAAUGAUGAUUUUAGUUUGACAGAUGCAAUAGCCAUGGAUUGUGAAAUGGUUGGGAUUGGUCAAGGGAACAAAAGUGCUCUUGGACGAGUAACACUGAUUUAUUGGCAGGUAAAUGAGUGGGGAAAUGUUAUAUAUGAUGAGUUUGUUCGCCCAAUAGAACGUGUUGUUGACUUCCGUACAAAAAUUAGUGGCAUUCGACCCCAACAUUUGAGAAAAGCAAAGGACUUCCCAGCUGUUCAGAAGAAAGUGGCAGAGUUGAUUAGAGGAAGGAUUCUUGUGGGCCAUGCAUUGUCCAAUGAUCUUAAGGUACUGCUAUUGUGUCACCCAAAAAAGGACCUGCGGGAUACUGUGGAGUAUCAACCCUUUCUCAAGGAACGACGCAGAAGGGCACUUCGGCAUCUUGCUGCUGAGUUUCUUGGUGUCAAGAUACAGGAUGGGGAGCACUGCUCUAUAGAAGAUGCCCGAGCUACAAUGCUGCUGUACCAGAAAAACAAGAAAGAGUGGGAGAAGAGUGUUAAAAACCAAAUAAGACUUAAAGAAAAGCAGAAGAAACGCAAGCAGAAAAGGAAACCAAAAGAAGGAGGUGCCCCAGAUAGUAACCAUGUUGCCAUUGCUUCGUAGGAGGAUGCAGUAGUGAUGAUUCUGCUAACAUGUCAGAAGGUGCUUAUUCAAAUUAAAGUCCAGCAUGGCUGAAUGAAGUAAGAGGAUGCAGGGCCUGGCAUUUUAUAUUAUUAUUAUUAUUCAAGUAUAAUUUUAUUUUUUUUACAGAAAUACAUGUUUCAAGAUUGUAUUCAUCUAGAGCCAAAUGGACCCAAAAAUUGAUUUUAAUUUUAAAACUUGUUGAUAGUA